AGCUCGCAUUUGAACGCAGCAUUGACGGGGCAUUGCACUGCUUCGCCGGGUCAACACUGCACAAUACUGCACAGUUACUCUCAUAGGCGCAAUGAUGUUUUUUCAAUUUGUUUGCGCGGUCGUGACCAGGUCGUUAUUUAUUCUGGUGUCACUAAUCGGAGUUUGGAGGGUGACGUCUGUGAAAAGUGACCCCUUGUACUGGUUACUCGCAGUCCUUUACCUACCUCUUGUUGUCGAAAUGAUUAUAACUUUGAAAAGAAGAGAAGGGAAAGACUACAAAUGGUUUUCUCCAGCCAUCCUACUGUUCCUCAUCAGCAUCAUUCCUUCCAUAUGGAUUCUGGAAUUACAUCACCAGGAUAACAAAUCUAUUGACCCACAGUGCAAGAGGCUGGACUCCUGGGAGAAUGUCUGGAGUAUGAUCAACUCCACCACAAGGAAUCACACUGUGACAUUAAAGACGCUGGCUGACUUCUCAACGAAUUUUCAUAGUUUGUGUCCAAACGAUUGGAUCCUCGCUCUUCAUCAAGUACUACUCCUCCUCCUCAUCCUUGGCAAAUGGCUCCUCCCCAUUGGAGGUGGAGUCACUCGUGACGAGCUGUCACAACUGCUGCUCAUCUUCGUCGGCACGGCAGCAGACAUCUUGGAGUUCACCAGUGAGACGCUGUCCGAUGUGAAGGAGAAUAGUUAUGAGCUCGUGUACAUCAUCCUGGGAGUGUGGACGUGGAGUAUGCUGCAGUUCCCUCUACACCUGGCUGUGGUGACGUCACGGCCUCAGGACUCCUGUGAGUCAGGUGCGGACGCUGACACAGGUGCGAGGGGGUCAUCGGAGGCUCCUGGUACGGGGGUGUCUCAUCCCGGUCGCCCAGGCAACACGCUCCUGGCCCGCCACAGCACGGACAUCUGGAACAUCGUGGAGAGCCUGUUCAUCCAGGACGGGCCAUUCCUGGUGGUGCGGCUGACCGUCAUGACCUACUUCGACGUCUUCCACCAGAUGCUGGUCUUCUUCGCCAUCAAAAACUUCCUGGUGGUCAUCCUCAAUCUGUACCGCCUCAUCGUCAUCUGCCAGGACUACAAGCCCUUAUCACCCACGGCAACGCCACUCCAGGGGGAAUGUGGGAAGAGAGGAGAUUAAGAGGAGAGGAGAGACACACACACACACACACUCAGCACACUCAUGCGGACGAUAGGUAAAACAGAAACACUAACACACAAACACAUACAAAUACAAAC